CAAACAUCACCAUCCUCAUCUUCAUCAUCUGCAUUCACACAGGUGUCUGCUGAGGAAAAUGUGGCGGAUGCGCUGCGGGUCACGUCCCGCCUCUGCGUCACAUUCUCCGCCAGCGCAGACGCCUGCGCGAGGGCGCGCACGUAAGCCUCUAAUUCGAAUUAAUUCAAAAUGAAUGACGGUUAUUGAUAAACCGUCAACAUUGAAAUUACAGACGACGAUGAAUGUUAAAAGACGGUUAGUCAGCAUAAAACAGCGGAAAACGCAGCGAAAUCUACGAUUAGAGACGGUGAAGGUGUGUGAACUCACCUGCUCUCCACGAUGGCCCCUCCGCUGCUGCUGCUCCCGCUGCCCAUGUUGACCGCUGCUGACCGCUGCUGACCCGCUGCUCACCUGACGGCCACUCGCUCACUCACUGACCGCUGCUCACCUGCUGCGUGUCCUUGUGCCUCUCGCCCCAAACCCAUCGGCCAAUCCGCACAAACCUCGACCUGUAAGCCGCCAGUGCUCUCUGCAUCGACGGGCAGUGGUCAAAUCCCAUCGUAAAUCCCACUGAUGCACUCUGGAUUGGCUGUCAGUUGCAACAGUGUUCUGGAGAGUUUCUCAAACUGUGCUCAGGAUGGCAGAAUAUGAAAUAUGAGUGCUCUGUCUCUCUCAGAGACGUGAGUCACGCAGCCGAGGACGAGCCGGAUAAUGGCUUAUCUCUCUCUCUCGCUCUCUCUCGCUCUCUCUCUGGAGGUCAUUGUGUACAGCGAGGCUCUUAACGAGCUGUAGGUCACAUGACUCACUCUGCUGGCUCUCACUGAGCAUGCUCAGUUCACUGUGUUGUCAGGCAAAAAAGAAGACAGCACUGGAACAGACGAGAUCUGCAAUAGAUAAAAACACACAGAGAGAGCCGGAGAGGGAGCGUUAGUAUGGAUGAGCGCUGCUAGUGCACAGUGAUUCUGCCGUAUUGGAUGGUUUGGUGCUGUGUUUCUGUAUGCAUUGUGCUGUUCAUCCGCUGUGCGUCGUGUCGGAGGAGAAGCAGCCGUCUGGCGGUCGCUCCAUCCUCGCUGAAGAAAGCAAAGCGCUCAUCUUACUGAAGACGUCUCCCAUCAUCCCAGAGUGCCUGUUGUUUUGUGGUUUGAGCUGAAAUGGAUCAGAAAAGCUUCAUCCUGUCAGAAACACGUCUGUGAACACCGGAGCCAAUGGAUAUUAAAGGCCAGUGCUGGACGGAUGAAGAGUCUGAUGGAGAGAAUGAACCGGAGCAGUUUCUGUACGGGAUUCAGGGGAGCUGUGCAGCCGACCUGUACCGUCACCCACAGCUGGACGCUGACAUCGAGGCUGUAAAAGACAUUUACACGGACAGCGCUGUGUCCGUCAGAGAGUACGGCACCAUCGAUGAUGUGGACAUCGACCUGCAAAUCAACAUCAGCUUCUUGGAUGAGGAGGUGGCGACCGCAUGGAAGGUGAUCCGAACGGAGCCCAUCGUCUUACGCCUCCGUUUCUCUCUUUCGCAGUACCUGGAUGGACCAGAACCGUCUGUGGACGUGUUUCAGCCGUCCAAUAAAGAAGGCUUCAGUUUGGGCCUCCAACUAAAGAAGAUCCUCAGUACGUUCACGUCGCAGCAGUGGAAGCACCUCAGUAAUGAGUUCCUCAAAGCCCAGCAGGAGAAGCGACACAGCUGGUUCAAAGCCGGAGGAACCAUCAAGAAAUUUCGUGCAGGAUUGAGCAUCUUCUCCCCGAUUCCCAACGUGAACUCAUCCGCUGGCUGUGGCCUCCAUCUUGGCUCCAGGUCUCCCAGUUUCCCCCUGAUCCAGGACACAGUGUUGAAAGGCAAACUGAACGUGCCCGAGCUCAGAGUCACCCGGCUCAUGAACCGCUCCAUCUCCUGUACCAUGAAGAACCCCAAGGGGGAGCUGUUUAGCUAUCCUCCGAACAGCCAGACUGUGGCUGUCCCGGCGGGCAGGGCCCCUGCGCAGAUUACCACCCGCCAGCUGAUUGAGUUGUUUUUCUCAUCCCAGGCGGGCGGACACUGCAAGAACAUCCCCACGCUGGAGUACGGCUUCCUCGUGCAGAUAAUGAAAUACUCUGAGCAGCGGAUCCCUACUCUGAACGAAUACUGCGUGGUGUGUGACGAGCAGCAUGUCUUCCAGAACGGAUCCAUGCUGAAGCCCGCGGUUUGCACGAGAGAGCUGUGUGUGUUUUCCUUCUACACGCUGGGAGUGAUGUCCGGGGCGGCUGAGGAGGUGGCCACUGGCGCUGAGGUGGUGGACCUGCUGGUGGCCAUGUGUCGCGCCGCUCUCGAGUCGCCCCGUAAAAGCAUCAUCUUUGAGCCGUAUCCGUCUGUGGUCGACCCCAAUGACCCCAAAACGCUCGCCUUCAACCCGAAGAAGAAGAAUUAUGAGCGUCUGCAGAAAGCUCUAGACAGUGUGAUGUCUAUUCGGGAAAUGACGCAGGGCUCGUAUCUGGAGAUUAAGAAGCAGAUGGAUAAACUGGAUCCUCUGGCUCAUCCGUUACUGCAGUGGAUCAUAUCCAGUAACAGGUCUCAUAUUGUCAAGCUGCCACUCAGUAGGCAGCUGAAGUUCAUGCACACAUCUCAUCAGUUUCUGCUGUUGAGCAGCCCGCCUGCAAAAGAAGCUCGAUUUCGCACCGCAAAGAAACUCUAUGGCAGUACCUUCGCCUUCCAUGGCUCCCAUAUUGAGAACUGGCACUCGGUUCUGAGGAAUGGACUGGUCAAUGCCUCUUAUACUAAACUGCAGCUGCAUGGAGCAGCGUACGGGAAGGGCAUCUAUCUGAGCCCCAUAUCCAGUAUUUCCUUUGGAUACUCAGGAAUGGGGAAGGGCCAGCAUCGCAUGCCCACUAAAGAUGAGUUAGUCCAGCGAUAUAAUCGAAUGAACACCAUGCCACAGAGUCGCCCGAUACAGUCGCGUUUCCUCCAGAGCAGGAACUUAAACUGCAUCGCUCUCUGUGAAGUGAUCACAUCCAAAGACCUGCAGAAACAUGGCAACAUCUGGGUGUGUCCGGUGUCUGACCACGUCUGCACACGCUUCUUCUUCGUGUAUGAGGAUGGUCAGGUGGGAGACGCAAACAUCAACACACAGGAGCCCAAGAUCCAGAAGGAGAUCAUGCGUGUGAUCGGCACCCAGAUCUACUCCAGCUGAAGGCGUUUCUUUCCUCCACUCUAUCCAUCUCUACUUUCUUUCGUCCUGUCUUUCUCAAUGGAUGCGGGGUUUCCUGCGCGAGGAAAUGAGAUGAAGGAAAACUUCACCAUAAGCCCCGCCCACAACCCACGGAGCCGCUGUCAGUCAAACGCAGACAGGCGCCUGAUUGGACGAGACAGAACUCGCCCGAGUGUGGCCAGAUCAGUCGCAUCUGUCGCUCGUUUUCUCUUUUUGGCAUCAGUUUGACGAAUCGUUUCUCACACUAAAUAUCUGUACACGUGAAAACAAGAGAGUCAUUUAAAAUGCUUAUUGCGGUUUUUGCGUCUCUGGAUAGUAAAUGAUGAAUCUGUGCGUUUUAUUGUGUUCGUGUCUUCUUCAUCUUUCUCCUCCGCUGCUCUUUCUGACUGAUGACAUGUAUUAAUAUCCCAGAUGUAUUUAUCUCUGAGUUUCCUGCUGAAAUCAAUUUCCCGUCUUUUGUUGCUCGGCUCCGCUUACACGAUUUAUCGGCCGGCAGAACGCGGAUGAGAGGACGGGGACACGUCGUUACUCAUGUUUAUGCUUUUUGGUGACGUCAUCUGAAAGCUUUAUUUCCAUUCUCAGACAUUCCCGAGUGUCCCGAGUGGGUGAUUUCCACAAAGCUCUGCAGUAGGAUGACGUACACGAGCAGUCAAACAUUUAGACUCGUUGUUUAUUGUGUUUUCUCAUGUUACAAUAAUAGUAAAGCGUGCAAACUCUGAAAUCUCACAAAUGUAAGUCAAAAGUCUUUUAAAGUUAGCGUGCAAUUCAAGUUGCAAUCGUCUCUUCUACAUAUACACGCAUACAAAAAAAAAGAUACAUAAUUUUUAAAGGUAAGUGGUUGCAAUCAAUUUAUUUUAGCUACGUUUAAAUAAAUUUAGUUGACUAACAUUUAGAAAAAUUUGUUUAUUUAAAUGUAGCUAAAAUAAAUUGAUUGCAACCAAUUUUUAUGUAAAUUCAAUCCAGUGCACAAUGCUAAUUUGUUGUGCUUUACAUAAAAAGGCUUUAAAAUAAUUACAAUAAUAGAUGCAUAAUAAAUAAAAAACAUGCAUCAGAAAAAAAUGAUCAAAAAUUGAUCGAAUUGUAUUAAAACCAUUUAGAAUUCAAUUUAAAAAGUUACACGCCAUUCAGAACGAGCCAAAACACAAAAUAUCAGUAAAUAUAUUUAUUUUUAAACCUGAUUCUGAAUCAUUCAAUUGAAAGAUUUAUGACAUUGUUUGUGGAUAUCAUAAAAAUAAAGUAAAAUAAAGUUCUAAACUACUUCACCUUUAUUUUUUUGCAAGUUUUUCGUAAUAUUAAAAAUAUUCGUCCAGUGUGUGAUCAUCUUUUUGAUUUGUUUUAGUAAUAUUAUGAACAUAAUUUACUAAUCAUAACCUGCCAAUAUGGCUAGUGAGUUAUGUGUUAACCGGCAUGGUUAAUUUUUACCUGUAUUUGACAAGCUGGCAGGUGGUGCAUGGAUAAAUCAUUUAUAUGAUAUUCCAUAAAAAAUAACUGUCAAUUUUGAAAAAAAAAAAAAAAAGAGAGAGAGAGGGAGAAUUUCCUUUUUAAACAAUACAUAGGCACAGUAUAUUUUUGAUUCGAGUCAUUUAAGCAGAUGUUUUGUGUCCAAACGUUUGACUGCUGGUGUUUCUCCUGAUUCUGUUGCUCGUCCCGGAGCGGUUGUGAGAUUGUAAAUGAUUUGUUUGAGGGUGCUGCACUGAUUCUCUCAUGCACCUUUUCUUCUGGACCUGUGUUGGACGUGCAGGCCUGAUGGAGGCUGUAAAUAAUGAAGGACAGGAGGAAUGUUGUCAGCAGGUCUUUGGAUUCUCUGGAUCUGGUUUCUGUUGUUUCUGAUGUUGAACAGACCCGUCAGAUGAACUGCGCUUGUACAGGUGGAACUGAUGUUGAACUGAAUAAAUAAAGAGAUUUUACACUA